AUGGCGUCAGAACCUCCGAGUUUCCCGUUCAAGAGGGCUUCUGGAAUGGAGCCCCCGGCUGAGUUUGCGCGUUUGCGAGCCUCCGACCCAGUGUCCAAGGUCAAGCUGUUUGAUGGCAGUCUUGCGUGGCUUGUGACCAAGUACAAGGAUGUCACGUUUGUUGCGACCGAUGAGAGGCUCUCCAAGGUCCGCACACGCAAGGGCUUCCCGGAGCUAAGCGCCGGCGGCAAGCAAGCUGCCAAAGCCAAGCCGACUUUUGUUGAUAUGGAUGCUCCCGACCACAUGAAGCAGAGGGGUAUGGUGGAGCCUCUAUUCACUCGGAAACAUGUCGAGAAGCUGCAGCCGUACAUCCAAAAGACAGUCGAUGAUCUCUUGGCUGCCAUGAAGAAGAAGGGUUGUGCCACUGGCCCCGUUGACCUGGUUAAGGAGUUUGCGCUCCCAGUGCCGUCAUACAUCAUCUACACGAUCCUUGGAGUCCCUUUCAACGACUUGGAGUAUCUUACGAAUCAGAAUGCCAUCCGAACAAACGGAAGUUCCACAGCCCGAGAAGCCUCUGCAGCAAACAAGGAGCUCCUUGACUACCUGGCCAGCUUGGUUGACAAGCGUCUCGAAGCGCCCGAGGACGACAUCAUCAGCAAGCUUUGCAGAGAACAAGUGAAACCUGGCAACAUUGAAAAGGCUGAUGCAGUGCAAAUUGCAUUUUUACUUCUCGUUGCCGGCAAUGCCACUAUGGUGAACAUGAUUGCGCUGGGAGUUGUUACCUUGUUCCAGCACCCAGAGCAACUGGCGAAGCUAAAGGAAAACCCAUCACUGGCUCCUCAGUUCGUCGAAGAACUAUGUCGAUAUCACACAGCUUCAGCUCUCGCUAUCAAGCGAACUGCCAAGGUUGACCUCGAAAUUGGCGGCAAGCAUAUCAAGGCAAACGAAGGCAUCAUUGCCUCAAAUCAAUCCGCCAACCGCGAUGCAGACAUCUUUGAGAACCCCGAUGAGUUUAACAUGAACCGAAGGUGGCCUGCUGAGGAUGCUCUUGGCUACGGAUUUGGUGCCCAUCGAUGCAUUGCCGAGCAUCUCGCUAAAACGGAACUGACUACGGUGUUUGCCACGCUGUUCAAGGAGUUACCCGAUCUUAAGAUUGCUGUGCCCUUUGAAAAGAUCAACUUUACUCCGCUGGACAGAGAUGUUGGCGUGAUUGACUUGCCGGUCACAUUCUGA